UACUGAGUGACAGCCCAAGGAAGUAUUGGUGCCCCAGACUACUUCAUAUCUGAUCUUAAAUGUGGUUCCUGUAUCCUCCUCUUUGGUAUUUCCUUCCCUGUUGUCUUGUUCCCAUGAUACAGUAUCUAAAACUAUGAGGAGAAAUAACUCAUCAAAAAUUUUCAACUUCACCGAGGUGGAACUCCCAAGCAGAUGGAGAGAUAAGGUCACAGGAUGCAGAAGAAAACAAGGACUCUUAUCUGUUUCCCCUCAACACUGACGCUGAAAGAGAGAUGCCCGAAGAGCUAAAUCCCAAACACUACCUCACUGUGAGAACCUCUUCUGUGUCCAAGAGACAGUGGGACUCUUCAGAGCAGGCCCCCUGCACUGAGUCUGUGCAGGACCUCAGAUGUGCUGUGAAGAGGAUCUUCUCAGGCACCCUUCAGCUGCCCAGGCUGUCCUGCAGGCCCUCCACGCAGGACAGACCAGAGGAUGGCCCCAAAACCGGCCUCUUGGCCCGCAGCAGCCUCGGGACUCUGACCAGCUGCAUCUGUAGAGCCUUUUUUGACGUGGAGAAUGGAUUGUCAGUGGGCCGCAGCCCCCUGGACCCCCAAGCCAGCCCUGGCUCUGGUCUGGUCAUACAGGCCAACUUUCCCCACAGCCAGCGACGGGAAUCCUUCCUCUACCGCUCGGACUCCGACUUUGACCUUUCACCCAAAGGUCCUUCCAGAAACUCCUCCACUGCCAGUGACCUGGAAGAAAGCUUGAAGCACUGGGAGGUCAACUGGUUGUCAUCUCGACACACAGAGGACAUGAUUGUUACACCAUUUGCACAGGUCCUCGCCAGCCUGAGGACAGUCCGAAGUAACUUUGCCGUCAUAACCGGCCAGCAAGAUCGCACAGCCAGCAAGACGCGAUCCUCAGGCAGCAACCCACCAUCCAUGUGCAAGACCAGCCUCGCAGAGGAGCCUCACCAGCAGCUGGCCAUAGAGACUCUAGAUGAGCUGGACUGGUGUCUGGAACAAUUAGAGACGCUGAAAACUCGACACUCUGUCAGCGAGAUGGCUUCAAACAAGUUCAAGAGGAUGCUGAACCGAGAGCUCACCCAGCUGUCAGAAACCAGCCGUUCAGGGAACCAGGUGUCUGAGUUCAUCUCUAGCACCUUCCUAGAGAAACAACAUGACAUGGACAUCAUGUCUCCCCCCACCAAGGAGAAGGACAAGAAGAAGCGGCCCAUGUCCCAGAUCAGCGGUGUGAAGAAGGCCACCCACAGUCCCAGCCUUGCCCCCUCCACCAUUCCUCGCUUUGGGGUCAACGCUAGCCAGGAAGGUCUCCUAGCCAAGGAGUUGCAGGACAUAAACAGAUGGGGCAUUGACAUCUUUAAGGUCUCUGAGUAUUCUGGGAAUCGCCCACUGACUGUCACCAUGUACACCAUCUUCCAGGAACGUGAUCUGCUAAAGUCCUUUAAGAUUCCUGCGGACACUUUCAUUACCUUCAUGAUGACUUUGGAGGAUCAUUACCAUGCUGAUGUGGCCUACCACAACAACAUCCAUGCUGCCGACGUGGUCCAGUCCACACACGUCCUGCUGUCCACACCUGCGCUGGAGGCUGUGUUCACUGAUCUGGAGAUCCUCGCUGCUCUGUUUGCCAGCGCCAUCCAUGAUGUGGAUCACCCUGGAGUUUCCAAUCAGUUUCUCAUCAACACCAACUCAGAGCUGGCCCUGAUGUACAACGACUCGUCGGUGCUGGAGAAUCACCACCUGGCUGUAGGCUUUAAGCUUCUGCAGGAAGAUAACUGUGACAUCUUUCAGAACCUCAGCAAAAAACAGAGACAGUCAUUGCGCAAAAUGGUCAUCGACAUGGUGCUGGCCACAGAUAUGUCUAAACACAUGAACCUAUUAGCAGACCUGAAAACCAUGGUGGAGACUAAGAAAGUCACCAGUCUAGGAGUCCUGCUCCUGGACAACUAUUCUGACCGCAUUCAGGUUCUUCAGAACAUGGUGCACUGUGCAGACCUGAGUAAUCCCACCAAACCUCUUGAGUUGUACCGACAGUGGACGGACCGCAUCAUGGUGGAGUUUUUCACCCAAGGGGACAGGGAGAGGGACAGGGGCAUGGAGAUCAGUCCCAUGUGUGACAAACACAACGCCUCCAUAGAGAAGAACCAGGUGGGUUUCAUUGACUACAUUGUUCAUCCUCUGUGGGAGACGUGGGCUGACCUGGUGCACCCAGAUGCUCAGGAGAUCCUGGACACACUAGAGGAUAACAGAGAGUGGUACCAGAGUAUGAUCCCCCACAGCCCUUCACCCAACCCACAUGGCCAGGAGAAGGGAGCCCUUGCAGGGGAAGCUUCAGCACUCAGUGGGGGUAGUGGCUCCACUUCUGGCGACAAGUUCCAGUUUGAGUUGACCUUGGAAGAGGAAGGAGAGUCUGAUACAGAGAGUCCACCUGAGGAGGAGGAGGGCUACAGUGGCAGGAAGGGGUCCGAACUCUCCAGAACUGAUUCAGGCAGUGGAUUUGAAGCAGUGUCUGCUAAGAUUCACCGGCUCCCCAAAAUGCUCACUACUGAUUCAGACAGGACGUUUUCAAUAGACUCUGAUAAAGAUAUGGCAGAAGAAAGAGAAAAAGACCAGGAAGGCGUCUCUGGGGUACCACGCUUCAGACUUGGCACAUAGCACCAGUCGAAAGUUGUUUUGCUUUUGGCCCUUUUUUGUUUAUUUGUCUUGAUUUUGGUGAAUCAUCCUCUGUCACUCCCCUUCUCCCACUCCAACCAAACACCACCACCUCUGCUUUCCGUGGACAGGGUGACAGCAAGCCUCGGGGUGCAGAGUACGGGAGUGCGGGCGGUUUUUGGGGGGUUGUUGAGAAAGUCUGCAGUUUUACACAGCAGUCACUUGCACUGGAGAGAGACGGACUGAGAGAGGACAGGAAACCAGGUUUCUGACCAGUCCUUUGUGUUCUGUGUCUUUCAGUCAGACUUACUGUGGAUAAAGCUCUACAGAGACAAUGAGAAGUUUAUUUAAAAAAACUUCAGUUUUUACCAGCCAACCCAAGGUCUACUACAACUAAUGACAGAACUGUCUUCCUCUUUUGGAGUAUUUGUGAAGAAAGUGAGGAAGGGAUGAAUGUCCGUGAAAACACGACAAAGUCUUGUAAGACAUCUUGCCAAACUUGCAAUUUACAGGGACAAUGCUGUUUUGCCUGCCUUUUUAGUUUUUUGUUUGUUUGUUUGUUUAUUCUGUUGUCCUUUAUUUAGGUUCAUAUGCCAUGAAAUACAGUAAAAGAAGAUUCAGUAAAUAGCAGACUCCAAAGCAGUGUAGGCAAAGUAAUGUCGGAAAGGAGUUUUGCAUGAUUUUUAUGCAAAACACUUUGAACGUAGCAGACAUUUUGAGUGACUCUAUCAUUAUUGUUGUAUACGUAGCACUCCUUUCAGCUGGUGUUGCACAGCCCAUUUAAUUGUGUUCAGCAGGCAGAUGUUUUGAAACCGGAACAUGAUUAGAGUGAAUGGGCUGUGCAGACAUAUUAUUUUGAGAUUUUGAGUUAUUUCAGGCUAACUUUUUCCAGUUUUUAUAAUCCUACACUAUGAUAUUGUCAGCAACAAAACUGAGCCAGGGUCAGUGUAUUAUAAGUACAGACAUACAGUUACAUCUAAAGCAGUGCACAUGGUGCCUCCCGGUGUUGACAAGUGGAACUGAAGUUCUGGCAUUGGAGGCAAAUGAUUUGCAUGGUUUUGCAUAGGCCUAUAUGGAAAAUACACUCAAAACGUAUUUAACUGUAGGGCUACCCAAAAUAUCAGUUAGGUUUCAGUUUUGUUGCGCUUUUUAUUAUUUUUAUUUAGAUUUUUUUUUUUAUUUCAAGUCAGUAAUGUUUGUUUGCAUUCUUAAUAUUUGGCACCUAGUUUAUCAGCCUUCAAGUUUAGCACUUUACAGUUUUGUUCAUUGCUAGCCCUCAUCGUGGUUUUUAAGGGCUUGAGCCAAAACAUGAACACAUUGGAGGCUGUUGACUGACAAAACAGUUUGUCAUUGACUGUAAAGCCACUAGCACAAACGUCAUGCAAAAAACACUGUCCAUUCAAAUCCAUUAUUGUUACUACAUAACGUGUCAAACACAGCACCACCUAAUGAAAUACCGGUUUUGGUAACAUCCACCUGCCUAAAAUACCAGACUGAUGAUGGCAGUGUUUUAGAAGCAUAAGUGUUGCAAAGAAGGACGUUCGCAUCACUGUAACUGUAAAAACCCAGGAGGUUAUCAAGAGACAGUUCCCUGUGCCAGAAUUUUUUUCAUCUUUUUCCUCUCAUUGAUCAAUAUUUUGCUCUUCACAGGGACAUAGUCAAUGACAAAACAAGUGCCAAGCAAGCAUGACACAACCCGUACUGUAAUUUCCAUUUUGCCACUGGCUACUUUCCAUCAGUGACUGAUAAAGUUGGUUGAUUGUAGCACCCCAUGUGCCAAUCUGACCCUAAUGUUUCUGUUCCUUUUUUUUUUCUAACUCCUGUUCAAACAGUAACUGAAACUGAUAUUGUCUUAAAACAGUGAUGUGUUUUUUUGUGUGUGAAUGACUGGGUUGACUUUUUUUUAUGUAUUUGCUAAGAAAAAAAACCAAAGCACUUUGUAUGGUACUUUUACAGUUCUGCACUUCCAGUACAGUUGAACAUGUAUAAUGUGACUGUCUCACUGUUUUUCAGUUGGCGGAUGGCCUGGUAAUUGAGUUGAAUUGCAUGGGCUGGACCACUACAGCUCUUAAAGGUUGGAUGUUGGAGGGACUGAAG